UUCCGUGGACAAAAAGAUCUCCGCGGGCCGGAUGAGAGGACAUCGCGGGCCGCAUCCGGCCGGCGGGCCGUAGUUUGGAGACCCCUGAUGUAGACAAUACUUAAUACUUUGUCUAUUUAUAAAAAUUAAUUUCAACACUUAUUGCAGGUAUUGGGAUGACUGUUACUCUGGUAAAUGAAUUACUAGAAUUUUCCCUCAUGCUGGACAAAAAAUAUCAGAAAAUGAUCGCCGGUCUUUUAGGCAAUUUUAAUGGAGACAGAACUGAUGAUUUUAUUUGCCCAAAUGGAACACAACUCUCUGACGAUGCAAGUGAAAAACAAUUAUAUGAGUAUGGAAAGCUAUGGGCGAUAACUCAGAAUGAAAGCUUAUUCCAGUACAACUAUGGACAAAGCACAAGUACUUUUUCUAACCCAAAUUUUACCCCUUUAUUUUAUGAUGAACAAAAUCCUACAAAAAUAGCAGAAGCUGAAAAGAUUUGUAAUGGUUCAGGAAAUCUUCCUUGUACUUUUGACUUCGUUGCUACACAAAAUGAAAAAAUUGCUGAAACUUCAUUAAUGUCUUCAGAUCAAUUUGAAAAAGUUUCAAUUAGCACAGCAAAUCAAGCCCCAAAUAUUAUGGUCAACACAACACAAGUUAGGGCCACCGUGAAUCAAUCUUUCAGCCUAACUUUAACAGCUUUUGAUCCUGAUGGUCAAGAUGUUACUGUUGUUUUAAUGACCAAUGCUAAUUACACUGUUAAAACUAUUAAUAAGAGAGAUACAUCAAAAGCUGUUGCAUCAACUUAUUCAAUUAUAUUAUCUGACACUGAAACUCAGAUCAUAUUUUCAUCAUUUGAUAAUAAAGGUCUGCAUUCAGAAAUGGUAUCAAUCAAUAUUUCUGUAUGUAGUGGAUGUAGCUAUUGUGGUACUUGUGAUGAAGCAAGGCUUAGACCAACAUUAAACCCAUAUUUUUAUUGGGAAGCAUGUAACUGUUACAUUGGAUUUACAGGUACUGACUGUGAAAAAGACAAUGAUGGCUGUGCUACAAAUCCUUGCCCCAACAUGACAGGUUGUUUAGACAUACCAGCUUCAGAAGAACAAAUCACUGGUUUAUCAUACACAUGUACAAAUUGUCCUCUUGGUUAUCAACUGAAUUCUAAAAAAACCAAGUGUGAAGACGUUGAUGAAUGUAAAAACACCCCAUCUUGUGGUGCAUAUGCUACAUGCGAGGAUACUUAUGGUAGUUUUGUUUGUAACUGCCCAAAAGGCUUUCGAAAAUCUGGAUCACUAAAUUGUGUUGACAUCAACGAAUGCUCAGAGAAAUCACAUGACUGUGAUCAAAUAUGUGUUAACAACUUAGGAAGUCAUGAUUGCAGAUGUUACCCAGGGUUUGCUAGGACUGGUGGCAAAUGUGAACUGACAGAAAAGGAACCAUGUAAAUUAAUCAACAAGUCAUGUGAAUACAGUUGUCGAAAUGGCAGUAAGGGAGCAGAAUGUUUUUGUGCAUCAGGGUACAAAUUAAAAGCAAACAACUAUUCUUGUGAAGAUAUAGAUGAAUGCAAAGAGAAAAUCUGUUCACAAGUUUGUAUCAACACAAACGGAAGUUUCAGCUGUUCAUGUUACUCUGGAUAUACUCUUAACAAGAAUGAUUUGCGCUCUUGUGACACAUGUCAAGGCAACACCUAUGGCUAUAACUGCAACUCCAGAUGCCAGUGUAAAGGACGGGGUGUAAGAUGUGACAAUGUUAAAGGCUAUAUCUGUCAGAGCAAUUGGAAAGGAGAAUCAUGUGAAACAGAUGUGGAUGAAUGUGCUAUAAAACCUAAUGUCUGUCCUGUGGAUCAUAAAUGUACAAAUACAGAAGGCUUUUAUACUUGUGAUUGUCCUGUGGGUUACGAAGCUAUCAAUGGAACAUGCUUUAAUAUUAAUGAGUGUGAAACAAGAAACAUUUGUCCUCAAACAUGCAUUGAUACACCAGGGUCAUUUAUUUGUGAGUGUAGAGAUGGAUUUUUAAAGCUUCCUAAUGGCACUUGUAAAGAUAUUAAUGAAUGUGAAACUGACAAAUCGGGCUGUGAACAAAAAUGCAUUAAUGUCCCUGGAAGUAGCAACUGUGACUGUUAUCCAGGCUACAGGUUAAAAGAUGACAGGAAGACUUGUGAAAAAGAUGAUGUUGAUCCAUGUGAAAACUUUUACCUGAACUGCAGUCAAGGAUGUACUGUAACUAAUGACACAGCACAGUGUUUUUGUGCUAUAGGUUACAUGCUGAGUAAUAACCAGUUUGACUGUCUAGAUAUUGAUGAAUGUGCAACACAGAAACAAUGCAAUGGCACCUGUUUUAACACUCCAGGGUCAUACAAUUGUUCUUGUCCAGUUGGAUAUAAACUACAGAAUGAUAAGAAAACCUGUCAAGAAUGUGAUGCCUAUCACUGGGGAGAGAACUGUGCCACAGAUUGUAACUGCAGCACAAGAGGUACAUCAAGAUGUGACCCCACGCAAGGAUGUCAGUGUAAAGCUGGCUGGGCAGGAACUUGGUGCCAGGAUGAUAUUGAUGAAUGCUCAAGUCUUGUACCACCAUGUCCUGUAACAUCAAGUUGUGUCAACACAUUUGGCUCUUUUUAUUGCCAGUGUAAAGAGGGAUAUUCAUUUGUUAACAAUACUUGUACAGAUAUCAAUGAAUGUUUGAGUUCCCCAUGUGACCAGAUCUGCACCAACACACAAGGCAGCUUCCAGUGCUCUUGUUAUUCUCAAGGUUUUAUUUUUAAUGGAACACAAUGCAAUGAUAUAAAUGAAUGUGCUGUAAAAGAGUUAAAUAAAUGUGACCAGGAAUGUCGAAACACACUUGGUGGAUUUGCUUGUGAAUGUUACGAAGGAUAUGAAUUAAAUGGAACAACUGGAAAUACUUUUAGCAGCCUAAAUCAGAAGUGUCCUGCAUCAAACAGCUGUCAACAGUUGUGUGUACUAGUAAAUAAUACCCAGAUCUGUUCAUGUUUUUCUGGAUACAGCAUGAUUAAUAAUUCCUGUGUUGACAGAACUUUUAGAAGACAAAAAAACUUGCAGAGCUUGCCAAUAUGGCUUCUAUGGCCCCAACUGUGCUGAAAAUUGUACCUGCAACACUACCAACACCAAACCACAAAUCUGUUUUAUUGAAAAUGGAAAUUGUGAUUGUUUAAAAGGCUGGUCUGGUCCAGACUGCAGUACUGAUAUUGA